AGAAUUGAACGUUAGUUAAGUUUCUCCGCUCGCGGAAAACAGAUUAACAACUGAAACCUGCGACGAGGCAAACCUCCAAAAACAACCCCCACCAAAACCUGAUAGUGCGUCUCGACUUGCACUGAAAUAAUCAAUAAACAAACAACAGCAACAUCCAUCAAAUACAUUAGCAUGAUGUUGGCCUGUAAUAAAAAGCACUAAUAAAGGGCAGCUGCCCACACCGCCUGCACCGCGUCCCACGCACCGCUCUCUUGGCCUUAGCUAGAACUCAAAUAAUAUCCUGAGACAGCUCUCUCCAAUAGUGUAAUAGUAAACAUCCUUUGGCAUUUGCAAAAGUCAAUUUAAUUCAACGCACUUCCCUAAAAAACAAAAAAAAAAAAACAUGUCGAGGGAGGAACGUCUGCCAAUUGUAGAAUGUGCCUCGAGCAGCAGUGGGGAGGAUGAGGCGAAGCCAGUUGUGCGUAGGCGCAGCACAAGGGACACCGAACAACUGGCUGUGCCGCUGAACAAGCCGGGCUGCUGUGAUCCCAGCAGUACGCCCCACCGAUUUUUGGCCUUGGUUUUUAUGUGCCUGCUGGGCUUUGGUUCCUAUUUUUGCUAUGAUAAUCCCGGCGCACUGCAGGAUGUCUUUCAGAAAGAGCUGCAUUUGAAUGCCACCGAAUAUACAUUCAUCUAUUCCAUCUACUCGUGGCCAAAUAUUGUGCUCUGCUUUGUUGGCGGCUUUCUCAUCGAUCGCGUCUUUGGCAUACGAUUGGGCACCAUUAUCUAUAUGGUCAUCGUGCUGCUGGGUCAAUUGAUAUUCGCCACUGGCAGUCUGAUGGGUCAGUUUUGGCUAAUGAUUGUCGGUCGCUUUGUGUUUGGCAUUGGCGCCGAGUCUUUGGCCGUUGCCCAGAACAGCUAUGCGGUGCUCUGGUUCAAGGGCAAGGAGCUGAACAUGGUCUUUGGCCUGCAGCUGUCUGUGGCACGUUUCGGUAGCACUGUCAACUUUUGGAUUAUGCAACCGCUCUACGCCUAUGUGUCCAAGUUUUAUGCCGGUUACACGGGCCUGGGCAUCACACUGUUUCUGGCCGCGACCACCUGCGUCAUGUCAUUGCUAUGCACACUUAUACUGGGUUGGAUGGACAAACGCGCCGAACGCAUACUAAAGCGUAAUAAUAAUCCUGGCGGUGAGAUUACCAAGCUCAGCGAUGUAAUGUCAUUUAAACUGGACUUCUGGAUGGUAUCGGUCGUUUGUGUCGCCUACUAUGUGGCCAUCUUUCCAUUUGUGGCCCUCGGCCAGACAUUCUUUACAACCAAUUUCCAGCUGACGCCCGAUCAGGCCAACAAUGUCAACUCGAUUGUGUAUUUUAUCUCAGCGAUUGCAUCGCCGCUAUUUGGUUUUAUCAUCGAUCGUGUGGGACGCAAUGUCACCUGGGUAUUUCUGGCUACAAUUGCAACGCUUGUGGCGCACAUGUUGCUCACUUUCAGUCAUUUGAAUCCGUAUAUUGCCAUGACGGUUAUGGGAUUAUCCUAUUCGAUGCUGGCUGCCAGUUUGUGGCCCUUGGUGGCGCUCAUUGUGCCCGAAUAUCAACUGGGCACGGCAUAUGGCUUCUGCCAAUCGGUGCAAAAUAUGGGCCUAGCUGUGGUCACCAUUCUUGCUGGCCUCAUUGUGGAUAGCAGUGGCGGCAGUCACUUCUGGCUGCAGCUCUUCUUUAUGCUCUUUCUGCUUAUUUCACUGUUGGCAACAUGCGCUAUCUGGGCCUAUGAUCGGAAGCAUCAGGGCAAUCUGAAUAUGUCGCCGGCUCAGCGUGCCACAUAUCAUACAUCAAUAAGCUCAACGCAUCGGCGCACUUUGGAUCGACGGCCUCUAUUGGGCAAAUAAAGAAUAUACAAAAUAUACAAAUUAUAUAUAUAUAUAUAUAUAUAGAUACAUAUAUACUAUGUACGAUAACCAAUGUGAUGUUGUUUACCAAAAUAUGUUUCUCUUCGCACACAUUCGAAAUAGUCGCACAAUUUUUUGUUUGAUUUAUAAGUGAACAUUUGACGCUAACAUAUCAAAAAAAAAUUACAAAAUUUAAACUAUUGUUAUAAUGUGUUAACAUUUUGAUGAUAUUUGUGUAUAAAUGUGUUAUGUGCCCGUUGCCAAAGAUAAAUAAAAAUUAUACA